CGUCAAGCCAGUCAUGCCUAUUGUGCUCCUGACUCCGCCUACCAUGCCUCUUAAUUCUAGCUGUACCGAGUGUCGUAGCAAGCGGCUGCGAUGCGAUCGUAAUCAGCCCUGCUCGCGGUGCUCGUCCAAGGGAAAAGCCCACCUAUGCCAGCGUGAGGCGCGAAAACCGCGGGGCGGGCAACGUCCUCGGCCCAUUGUCAACGGUGAACGGCCCAUUGUCAACGGUGAACAAGGCCUGGCGGAGCCGUCGUCGCUGUCAUCUUCUUCCCUUUCGACAUCUGGCUCUCCCUCGUCUGUAUCUUCUUUCGAUAUUUUGCCAGACGCGGCAACGUGUAAAGAACUUCUUUAUAUCUUUGAGCGUCGGGUCUAUACGCUCGUUGGCGCCUGCGUGGACCUGGUCCACCUUCGUGACAUUGUCCAGAAAAGAUCUUUGGCGAAUCAGAGUCGAGAUGAUGCCUUGCUGUGCACAACCGUGCUCGCUAGCUCUAUCCACCACCACUUUGACCCACAAGCUAAAAAGGAGCUCCGGAGCCGGCAUGCACGUCUCAUAGAGGCGAGUCUGGGCUUUCUCGAUCUCGAAAGGCAAUCAGUGUCCACGCUCAAAGGGCUCCAGUCUCUGAUAUUCCUGCUCUUCUCCGGACUUGAAGGUGCGCAGAGCCAGUCGCUCUUCGAUGUUGCUGUUCGAUCAGCGCAAGCCAUGGGACUUCAUCGCCUCGGAAAUGCACCGAUAGAAGAUGAGGGCGCUGUUCGCUCAUGGUGGCUUCUAGUCGCGCGCUCAUGGAUCACGGCCACACAAACUGGGACCUACGCGAUCCAUGCAUCACAAUUCAGCACGCGUCGUUGGAUCGUCCUACCGUCAGAGCGGCAGCAGCUUCAUCAAGACGAGCCGCACGGAUGGACAACCACCUCCUUUCUUGAAAGCAUGCUCACACUUGCUGACGUGACACGGCGAAGCGUUGAUCUGCUCAACGCCAUACCUUCUCCAUCCACUACACAUACAUCCUCAGCUGCUGCCGUUGAGAUUGAGACAAGAAAGAUGCUCGCAAGGAAUUUUGUCGACGCGGCCAUGAUCCUACCCGAGUACUAUUCUUUUGCCCAGCCAAUCAAGACAUCGAAGCUGGCCAAUCGGUGGAAGGUUGGUGACAAGCCCAGGCAUUCACAGGAGCGCUGUGUGCUGCAGCAAUACAUCUUCACAAAUGUCGCAAGAUUGCAUGUCUAUGAGAUGUGUUCGGAGACGCCCGUCACGAUCGAGGAGAUUCCACUGCAGGCCAUCAAAGUGCUGUCGAGCCACCUCUACACCUUCUUGACGCAAGCAUGCGACGUGAAGCUUCCACUUGGCUCGUCGGCUUCUCAUGCUAGCCCCGAAGAGAGCGGUAUCGACCGACAGGUUCCACUCGUGGCUCGCCAGCUGAUGCAGCGCAAGCUCCUCUAUAUCCUCAACGAAGAACAAGAAAUUGGAGGGCCAGCGGUUGAGGAAGAGCAUCGACAUCCAGACUGUCUACGCAUCACUGCGCUCGUCGAGAGACUCAGCUCGCCCGACAGCACUUUCGGCCAGCUCAAAGAAACGUGCGAAGCAAUCAUUGCUGCCUGCGAUGAAGCCUGUCUUCGGAGCUCGACUGCACAUAUCAACUCUCCAACAGCAGCUGCGGACCUCGCCGCCCAUCGAGACAGCACACUAGAGACAAGACCACACUUGAUUGACCUCCAGGAUCCUUUGGGGCUCACCAUGGAUCAGGUCUGGGCUCAAUUGUCUGCACAGCUCUUCUUCCAGUGA